UAUCUUGACACAACACCGGCAGCGGCGAUAAGAAGAAGCUGACACUUCCUUGUUUGCAUUCUGAGCUGCGAAACCUGAACGCCCUUAUUCAAGAUGCAUUCUCCAAGGGUUGGACUUUACACAAAGAGGAGAAAGCGGAGCUGCUCUACGGCUUGAAAGUUCUUCUCUUUCUCCAUCUGGCUAUCGCUCUCUCCUUCUCCUCCUCUUCCUUAGUUUGCUGCUCAUUUCCUCUCCUCCCACCACCAUGCUGUGUUGGGGGAAUGCCAGGGACGGACAGUUGGGGAUUGGCGUGGAGAGGAACCCCGUGUUUGAGCCGAGGAGCUGCCAUGUGUUCAGUGGGCGUGGGCUGAAGGAGGUUGUGUGUGGCGGGCAGCACACGCUCUUCUUGCUGCAUGAUGGGAGCGUGUAUACGUGUGGCUCUAACAGCUGUGGACAGCUGGGCCGCAACAGGGAUGAGACUUCCCCAGAGCUGGUGGUGGCUCUGGAUACCCAGAAGAUCACGAUGGUUUCGUGCGGCCGAGCCCAUUCGAUGGCGAUAAAUGAGCAGGGUCAGGUGUUUGCGUGGGGGGCUUGUGAAGGGGGACAGCUGGGCCUGGAAACUGUGGAGAUUGCUGUUCGGAUUCCAAGGUUGGUGAAAAGACUGUGUGAUCACAGCAUCUCCCAAGUGAUGUGUGGGAACCAGCACUGCAUGGCACUUUCUAGAGACGGCCAGCUGUUCACAUGGGGCCAGAACACCAACGGGCAGCUGGGCCUGGGGAAAGGAGAGCCCAGCAAGCUGUCUCCUCAUCCUCUGAAGUCUCUGGCAGGGAUUCCUUUGGCCCAGAUAACUGCUGGAGGAGACCACAGCUUUGCCCUGUCCUUGUCCGGAGCCGUGUUUGGUUGGGGCAAAAACAGAGCGGGACAACUGGGUCUUAAUGAUAAACAAGAUCGAGCCGUUCCGUGUCACAUCAAGUUUUUGAGGUCUCAGAAAGUCGUUUACAUCAGCUGUGGAGACGAGCAUACAGCAGCCCUCACAAAGGAUGGAGGAUUGUUUACGUUUGGUGAUGGGUCGUGGGGCCAGCUGGGUCACGGCUCGACCAACAACGAACUUUUACCGAGACGGGUGCUGGAACUGAUGGGCACUGAGGUGUCUCAAAUCACCUGUGGCAGGCACCACACGUUGGCGUUAGUGCCAUCCUCCAGCAUGGUGUAUGCGUUUGGUUGUAACAGUCACGGCCAACUGGGUACGGGCCUGCUGGGAGACUCAAGAAGCCCAUUUCCUAUCAAAACAAAUUUCCUAACUGGGAAUAUGCAAAGAGACUCAAAGCGAUAUGCAGUGAUUAAAAUCGUCUGUGGAGGAGACCACAGUUUCUUAUUGUACUCCAACGACCAGACUUCAGCGGCCCAAGAGGACUUCAGAGUGGUUAAUAUUAAUAAAAGUCUCUCCCCAAUCAGCUAUGAAAGGUUAAACUCGUGGAGGUUAAAGCUGAUGUACAACACAGACUCGAGUGUUGCAAAUGAUAUUGUAAGUCAACUCUCCUCCACGGCUUGUUGGAACGCCAGCUUCUUGGACCAAAGUGAUGACACUCAUUUCAAAACCAACCCAAAAAUCCCAGGCAUCGAUCUGAACUCUGUCAGAAUCCUGUUUGAGGCUCUCAGCAAACCGGCCUUUUCUGGACUCCUGGAGCAGGCCACCAAGAGCUUUGAGAGUCUGUUGAUCCCUCAGCUGCCGCGCUCCCCUCCUGACGUCGAGGCCAUGAGGAUUUACCUCAUCUUAACCGAGUACCCAGCCCUGCAGGAUUCCAAGAACUACGUCCGCCUCACCAUUCCCCUGGCAAUGGCUAUCCUCCGGCUAGACACCAACCCCAGCAAAGUAUUGGAUAACUGGUGGUGUUUUGUGGACGGCAGCUUCUUCACCAGAAUGGUCGACACGUACAAGAGCAUUGUGGUUUUUAUGCUAACGGGGGGCAAAACGCACCUGGUGCCCAUGUUCUAUGACAACUAUUUCUUGGCCACGUUACGGCUGCUGGAGAAACUCCACAAGGUAAACCUGAGGGCCAACCAUGUGGAGUACAGCCGCUUUUAUAUCCCUGACAUCACCAGCCUGGUGGACAUCCAGGAAGACUACCUCAAAUGGUUUCUGAGUAAAGCUGAGAUCAAAGUUGGAUCAUCCCCUUCGCAGCAGAAUGACUUUCCCUCAGUAAACCUUUGUGCCUUCCCGUUCAUCCUGAACGCUCAAGCCAAGACUACAAUGCUGCAAACUGAUGCUGAACUGCAAAUGCAGAUGGCCGUAAGCGGUGCAAACCUGCACAAUGUCUUUAUGCUGCUCACACUCGAACCCCACCUUGCUAGAAAUCCAUACUUGGUGCUCCAUGUGCGCAGAAACCAUUUAGUGAGCGACACGCUACGCGAGCUCACCAUGUACUCCGACGUGGACCUCAAGAAACCACUCAAGGUGAUAUUUGAUGGCGAGGAAGCUGUGGACGCAGGUGGUGUAACUAAAGAGUUCUUCCUGCUGCUGUUAAAGGAGUUGAUGGAUCCAGUUUAUGGGAUGUUCACACAUUACAAAGAAUCCAACCUGCUGUGGUUCUCAGACAUUUGUUUUGUAGAACAAAACUGGUUUCAUUUGAUCGGGAUCAUCUGCGGUCUGGCCAUCUAUAACUCCACAGUGGUGGACCUUCACUUCCCCCUGCUUCUCUACAAGAAGCUGCUGGACGUCUCGCCCACUCUGGAGGACUUCAAAGAGCUCUCACCCACAGAGGCCAGGAGUCUGCAGGAACUUCUGGAUUAUGAAGGAGGAGAUGUGGAAGAGACAUUUCUUCUCAACUUUUCUAUCACCAGGGAAAACUACGGGGUUGUAGAAGUCAAAGAGCUGGUACCCGGAGGACAGAGCAUCUCUGUGGACAAACACAACAGGAAGGAGUUUGUGGAGGCCUACCUGUGCUACGUGUUCUCGGACUCGGUGUCGGAGCAGUACUCGGCCUUCUCCUCGGGCUUCCUGAAGGUGUGCGGGGGGGAGAUCCUGUCACUGUUCCAGCCCUCCGAGCUGAUGGCGAUGGUGGUCGGCAACAACAAUUAUAACUGGGAGGAGAUGGAAAAGAACGCUGUUUACAAAGGGGAGUUCACCGCGACUCACCCAACAGUCAGAUUGUUCUGGGAAGUUUUCCACGAGUUCCCUUUGGAAAAGAAGAAGCAGUUCUUAUUGUUCCUCACCGGCAGCGAUCGUAUCCCCAUCCACGGCAUGGGGAGCCUGCGCAUCAUCAUCCAGUCCACCACGGCCGAGGAGCACUACCUGCCUGUGGCCCACACCUGCUACAACCUCCUCGACAUGCCCCGCUACCAGACCAAAGAGAUCCUGCGGCGCCGCCUCACCCAGGCUGUGGAGCAGUAUGAGGGCUUCAGCCUGGUGUGAGCCCGGUCCCAAAGGAGCUCCAGUGCACUUUAACAGCAAUACCCCCCCCCUCCCCCGCCCGGUGUGAGUGUCAAAAGACUGCAAGUGGCUUUAGACUGGACACGGGAAAGUCACGUUUAAAUCUAAAGGCCUGUGUGUUCAAAUUCAGAUGGUGUUUAUUUGUUUUUUUUUUUUUUUAACUGUUCAAGUGUGUUCGAAGGAUUUGAACAGCUGAUAUAUGAAUAUUAUAAAAUAUAUCAUUGUAUUAAAACGUUAAAGAAUGCUUUCUGAAAUUUGCAUGACGACUUGGGGUCUGAGUUGAAUCAGAAACGUUCGAGAAACUCUGACUUCUGGGUGUUUGCGUCGUCUGGUUUUUGCCGCCUUUAUUGGGUCCUUUUUUCUUUUUUUCUUUUUUUGCAAAGCUGUGUAUUUUCUAUUCCUUAAAUUCUAUUUUUCACCUUUUUUAAAGGUUUGUGUUCCUACCCCGAUACGUUACGUCGCAUCUGGUUAUUUUUAAUUUAUUAAAUAGAGUGUUUUAUAUUUUGACAAAUAAACACGUAUACGUGUGUAAAUAGAACCUUGAAUAUAAUCUCUCGCUCUGACGGUGGGAGAGAUGUUAAGUCGUGCUGAUAACUUUUAAACCUUGACAUUUGUUUUCUUUUUAAAACCUAAUAAAUAUAAAAGCACCGGUUAGUUUUUGUCGGUGGAAGAAGACUUCAGGCCAACACAUACGGACCAUCAUUUGCGGUUGCUCAUUCCUGUUUAACUGUGGAUGAUAAAGCAGCUCUUUAGCCCAACAGUGUUGCCUUCUACAGUCAAACCUGCUGUACGCACCUGAAGUCAGCUUUUACUGGAUGUUCUGUGCGCAUGUUGUGGGGUGAAAGCAAAAACAAGACUGGCUUUUCUUAUGUUUUUUUCUUUCUUUGGAAGGUAAUUAUAUUGAUUUCCUUUUGUUGCAGAGAUUUAGACAGAUCAAACCUGUUCCUGUCAGGUGAAUAUCGGGCUACUGCUAACAAACUGAAACCUGGAGCAAGCGAUGCACAACUCCUCCCAGAUCCAAUUACCAGUUUAUAAUUUAUUAGGCACUUGGGUCGUGUGCCUUCAUUAUUUAUUAGCAUCAUCAGGCAUGAGGCCCAAUUUUGUUUGUGGAGGAAAUUAGUACAAGUGACCGAACAACCAUAAUAGGAAUGAGAAAUAGCACAGUGUUAGAUUACAUCGGCUUCUUUCUUGCUGCAUCCAGUUUUUCCAUUGAGAAUCAGCUAAUACAUUUCUAUGUUCAAGUUGGAAUUUUAAAAACCUGCUACAACUUUAAAAGUUGGAUUUUGGGUUUGGAAAUGUGCGUAAAAAGAACUUGCCAAGCCUCAAAGUCCAUCAAGCUGCUAGCUCCAGAGUUAAUGCUUGUUUGUUUUGCUCUUAUUUCACUUUGAGUUUUUCAAGCUGAGAAAACCUGCAAGAAAAAGCCAUUGUUAAAUUGAUAACCUUUUAGCGUUGCGGUUUGCUCCAGUUUCCACUCGCUUUGUUUAGCUGCCUAGCUUUGUGUCUGUCUGAAAGGCUGAAGGUAAUGGUUUCGAUGUUUUCAAGUGAGUUUCUGUGGAAAGGUUAUUAACAAUUAAUAUCUGAAAUGUUCUAGUUAGAUCUUUGAAACAACGUCAGUUUGGAGAAAAAGUUUAUUUCUGGCCAAAACUGUUUUAUAACCCUUUACACCACGAUCAAUUUUGCCUUUAUGUAGAAAUCUAUGAUUAUGGCUAGAAGUGGCUGUAGCACUUGUAGCAGGAGUAUAAUUAUUCACUUGUACUGUGAAGAAAAUCCAGAAAUCCACUUUGGGUCAGCUCAGAGUAGCCGUUAGCUCAUCGGUCCGGUUAAAAUUUAGCUCUUGUUUCUUCAGUUCUAUUCUGUUUCCCAUUUAAAGAGUCUUCUACAGCAGGUAAGAUAUUUAUUGGUCAUAACCUUUCCACAGAGCUCCCACUUCAAAAGAUCUGACCCAUCCUUUUAACACUCCACAAAGAAAUGAGAAAAAUUCUGUCCUGAAAAUGUCAUUGAGCAAAACAUGUUGAAGCAUAAACGUCAGUAAUUGUAAUUAUUAUUGCAGAUUAGAUGCUAAUUAAUCUUUUAUAUUUGAAUAAAUGCAUAUUUUAACAGUGUGGACAAAUUAAAUAGCUUAAAUUAUAACUAGAUAAGCUAUAAUCGUAAUACUUGUUCCAGAAUUUGCCCUGC